ACUGGGGGAGAGGACGAGGUGCCCUAUGAGCGCGAUUCACAAUUGUCUGAUGCGUGGAAGAAUCAGCUUCAGAUGGAUCGAGGAGAUGGCCUGAGCUGGGGUGGCGCACAGCGCACGGGGAACAGGUACGCAACCCUAGCAACUCCUGGUAGCGAAGGUAGGAGAGCGGAGGUGCGUGGGGGAAGCUCGGCGGAAGCCGAGCGAACAGCAAAGGCGCAAAUGCAGUCCAAGAUCAAACGCAGAAACACACAAGGGAUCACCUACUUCGGUCUCGUAUGGAAGAAAAACAAGAGCGACAUGAAUGCUAUCAACGCGGACGAUGUUAUCCUUGGAAGCAAGGAUGGUGUAGGUUCGUCCAUGAAACCAAUCUGCUGUCUCUGUCGCAAGCGAUAUUCCCCAGACUUGAUGUACAUCCGGUGUGAGAGGUGCAGAAAUUGGUUCCAUGGAGAUGCCUUGAGACUUGAGGAGGCAAAGAUUGAUGAAGUCAUAUCCUAUAGAUGCUGCAGAUGUCGGAGGAGGGCAAUACCGGGAUGUCCUCAUUCAGAUGAUUAUUAUCAUAAGAGGCCUGAACCAGAACCUGUCAUCCAAGAAAGUGCAGCUAAUAUUCCCUCAAGUGAGGAAGCUAUUGGCGCAGCAGAUGAAAAUACAUCAAGUGCUUCAUUUGGUAUAUUCGAACAAACUGUAGAAGAUAUUCAUGCUGAUUCCUCAGUGCACAUGGAAACCUUUGUGCUGGGAAGUAAUCAAGAGAUGAACUUUGUGGAUGGUUCUUACAAUUCCGCACAUCCAUUCGAUAAAGUAGAUAUUAAGCAGGCUAUGAAGGACGCUCGGCCAUAUGAUGCAUGCUUUGCAUGGUAUACGCCUGGUAGUGGUACCUGCCAGCAAUUGGACCCUAUGGAUCCUGUGGAUGAUGUCCCCCUGCCAGUUCCCACAGUGGAGACCAACUUUGAGAAAGACCAAACUGCCGCACUUCACAGAGCUUAUGGUGGUUUUCGGGUUGUUGCUGCGGAGACUGGCUCAUUAUAUGAGCGGAUUAGACAGGGGGAUUAUCUCACUAAUGAUGAGAUCAUGGGGACCUUGGACAAGCUUCAGAAAAUUGCUCUACACCAAAUGAAGGAUAUUGCCAGCCAUGGCGUAGUCUACUCUGAGGUCCCAACACAACCAAUGCACAACGCAAGCACCUCCAACACCCGGCCAUCUGAUCACCAGAGUAGCCUCUAAGACUCUAGCACCAAAUGUGAUUGCUACAGCAUCGUAAUGAACUAUGCUAUCAAGUGAUCUCUCAUCAAUGCGGCUUGCUCCUUGGGGUUAUACUUGAAGCAACAAAGCUGGUUUUUGUGAUGAUGCUGUUAAGGAACAUUUCUCAUACUGACGCUGCAUAACCCAUACUAGCAGCCCAUGCCAAUAUACCCCGUUUUGAGUUCUGUCACCGAUGUCUAAUUAUCUUGGAAGUUCCUGGCUGUACCGUGUUGCUGCUGCAUGUGGCGCUGUCACCACUUACCAGCAUUUAAGGAGUAUAUCUUUUUGUUUCUUGCAAAAAAGUUAAGGAGUUUAUUUUUCUUUUUGAAAAAAUUUAAGGAGUACAUUUUUGGCCUUUAUGACCAUGAUUGCUGCAAGCUGGCAUGCUCUGUGGACCGUUCUUGAGUUA